UCUUUGAUUUCUGCUGAAGAUGUUGAGCCCUGCACAAAACAUCUGCUUCAUAAUAGUGGUUUUUUAGUACAACGUAGCCUCCUUGUGCGAGUCAUGAAGAACCUGCAUAGCUUUGUCAUGAACAUGUUAUUUCUCAUAUGCGACUAAUAUUACAGAACUGAGGCAACACGUGCCUAUGAGUCUGUGACAGAUAAUAGCAACUUCCUCAUAGUUUGUUUUGCUUUCUUUACGCUUUCAAUAAUUGGAGAAUAGUGCCUGAACCAAUAACACCAAUGCAUUAGUAAAGUCAAUGUGCGCCGCUUGUCCUUUUCUGCUCGAUAACAUGCCUUGUAAUUGAGGAUCGUCAGAUCCAAUCCAAGGACAAUUAUUUAUGAUCCAUUUGGCGAUGUCACCUGUGAUAAGAAUCCAGGCCGGCCUAAUUGAUAACUGGAGGUAUCUUUGCCUUACACAGUGACCAAAACACUCUUAGAACUAUUACUGCCAGUCAUUUUCAUAUGAGAUCUUGCCAUCUUGGGGUUCUACUCACAUUCUGAGACACAGGAAGAAAGGGAGUAAGUGGUGAAGCAAGAGUUGGGAAGAGAUGGUUAGCUUAGACUGUGUGCUAGUACUAGCGGGUCUGUUUGUGUUGGGAAUAUACCAUGUUUGGCUAUUCAUCACAGUUCUGCACAAUCCCAUAAGAACUGUCAUUGGCCUCAAUGCUUACACUCGUCAACAAUGGGUUUUCUCCCUGAUGACUGACCCCUUGAAGAAUGGUGUUUUGAUUGUACAAACUUUACGCAACAACAUAAUGGCAUCGACACUUUUGUCAACAGCAGCAAUUACUCUUUGUUCUGUGAUCAGUGUACUUGUGAGCAGCGAAUCCAGCUCCCAUAGCACUGUAUCAGUACACCUAGUUUACUCCGAUUACGCUCCCUCCUUACCUUCAAUCAAGUACUUGUGCAUUUUGCUUUGCUUUCUUGUUGCAUUUCUCUGCAAUGUGCAGUCUACUAGAUAUUAUGCCCAUGUCAGCUUCUUGGGUACCGUCCCAACAUGGAAAGACAAGACGGGUUUCAUCGAGUAUGUUGCGGCAACUUUGAAUAGAGGAUAUUACUUUUGGGCCCUUGGAUUGCGAGCAUUCUACCUCUCGAUUCCUCUCUUUCUCUGGAUCUUCGGGCCAAUACCCAUGUUUGUUAGUUGCUGUGUAUUGUCAAUUGUUCUCUAUUUCUUGGACACUACCUCCAGCUUUGCACAACUUAUUCAUACCCAAUUGUUCAAGGAGGAAUCAAGAACCGCUGAUGUGGAGUCCACCGCUCAAUCAUUGAACAAUUCUGGUCGUGAGAACUCCCAACUUCGUGAUCCUCUACUCACCGGGUCCGGCUAGCUAUAACUCGGUCAAUUAUGCCUCUUAUGGUACUGGAUAUAUGGUCUGCAAUGCUGGUUGCAAUGGUUGCAGCUGCAGGACAUGAAGAGGAGAAGUGUUUCGCUAUCAUCUAUGCUUGACACUUACAUGUGUUACUUCUUCUCCAAAAUGUUACAAUUUAUUCACUCAGGGUGUCAUGAUCGAUGGCAUGCUACUUUUUCUUUGAUGGCAUGCUACUUGUUGGUAUGAAUGACUUUUUUCUUUUACACA